CCGGUAAAUUUGAAAUGUUUCCAUUUUCAGCUGUGUAAAUAUAAACGCUUUGAAGAUGUGAGAAUGGUUUUUUCAGUGUGGAAUGGUAAUUAUAAUUAAUGAGAAUUGAUAACGUUAUCAUUAUUUGUACAAACUUCUCGUGCACUCUUUACUGCUAAAUUAUUUCAGUUGUCAGUUCUUUGGUGAUACUAGUAGAUAAUUAUUUUGAUGUGGUUACACACAAGUUUACUCACAGUUUUUCAAAUUGGUAACUUUUAAUUCUUAACGAUAUAUUUUAUCAUGGAUGAUGAUAAAGUUAAACUACGUGUGCAGUUUGUUCAGAACUUGAAUGGAACUGAUGUGACUGAAGUAUUAUGGGCAACUCUUCCUUCCCAUAUGUGUACAUUUUUUGUGAUUUUUACAGGAAUUUUAUUUGAGAAUGUGGCUCAUACUUGUAAAAGAGAUUGUAUCCCAAAUAUGUGCAAUGUGAUUAAAAAAAGAAGAGUACUACUUUUUGUUAAAGAAUUCAUUAUUAUCGUUUUGCCUCUAAUUUUAUUGACAACAAAUAUGUCAGAUAUUACUUCCUUGUACAAUGUUUGUAGUCACUAUUAUUACUAUAUGUUUAAUUUUUCUAACAAAAAGUAAGUUUUGUUGUUCCACUCCAAGUUUGUCUUCCAGCGAUUUGAAACAAAUUUGGAACACUCCAAUAUGUGACACCAGGAGAUCAUUCGUAACAUGCUGCCGCUCUAUUGUUAACACAAUGACAGUUAUUUCAAUUUUGGGUGUAGAUUUUUGUAUAUUUCCAAGAAAGUAUGCAAAAACUGAAACCUUUGGAUUUUCUUUAAUGGAUGUUGGUGUUGGAUUUUUUGUUUUUUCUAAUGCUGCAGUUACUAAAACAGAAAAAAUUGUCAGAGGAGGUGUUAAAAAGACUAUUCUCAGUUGUUUUGCACUAUUUAUGUUAGGGCUCUCAAGAUAUUUUUCUCUCCAGGAAAUCAAUUAUCAAACAAAUAUAGCAGAAUAUGGCACUCAUUGGAAUUUCUUUUUUACACUUGGAACAAUCAAGCUUUUAUCAUUUAUUAUAUUAAAGAUAUUUAACUGUACUUUUUGUACCAGCAUUUUCCUUUCUUUUACACAUCAGUUCUUGUUGUACAUAGGUUUGCAGGAAUAUGUCAUUGGAGAUAGAGGCAGGGAAAACUGGAUUGAUGCUAACCGUGAAGGAUUGGUUUCUAUACUUGGGUAUACCAGUCUCUAUCUUAUAGGAAUUUCAACCAAUAAAUUUGUACUAGAGACAUCUUCAACGCUUGCUCGUGAUUUAAAAAUAAUAAUUAAAUUGGUAUUUACCAGUGCAGUGUUGUUCACCACAACAUUGUAUUUUAAUAACUUUUUCCCUGUAUCAAGACGUUUGGUAGGUCUAACUUAUAUUUCUUGGGUAACAUCUUUAGCUCUACUGCAUGUUUCUGUUGCCAUGGUAGUUGAAAUUAUUGUAAUACUUAUAAUUACUCCAGUGAAAGGUAAUAAAUUUUAUAGCUUUUUAACUCCAAUUUUGUUUGAGAGUAUUAAUUACAAUGGAUUAAUUUUCUUUCUUUUAGCAAAUUUACACACAGGCUUAGUUAAUAUUUUUUUUGACACUUUAAAAAUUCAAACAAUUGAAAGUUUACUCAUCCUUGUAAUUUACAUGGGACUGAAUUGUGGUAUCAUAUGUUUCCUAUACUACAGAAAAAUACAACUUAAAUUUUGGUAAUUCUAUACAGUAGAGCGUCAAUUCCUAGCCUAGUAGUUACAUAAAAUAUGACAACUGUAUUUUUGGUAUAAGUUAAAUAUUUAAAACUUUUAUUAAUAAGUAAUGAGUAGUUUUAUUUAUCUGCUCCACUUCUGUAAACAACAACGUCAGUUAUGCUCGUUUGCACAUAACUUUUCAUGACCUCUUUUUUUAUUUAAAAAAUCUCGACAGGAUGGAUCCCAAUUUAUCCAGAUUAUUGUCGCUCAACUGUACUUCAAUUGAUACAGGGUUAUUUUACUGAUAAAAAUACAGCAAUAAUACUGAUAAAGUAGUAGAACACAUUACUUCAUCAUUAUAUUUCAACUCUUUAAAAAUUGCAAUUUUUAUUUUUCUUAAUUCUUUGGGUACUAUUCUAAUAUUUUAGGUAUGUCACAGGUCUUGUUAAUACCGCAACAAGCCUAUAUACAGCAAUUAUAAGAUCAUGUAUAAAAUUUUGCAGUGAAUUAUUGUAACUAUAUUAAACAUACCCUGAAUCAAUUGUAUUUGAUGACUCCUACUUUUUAAAACUCAUGUACACUGAUCUUAUAGACUGAGAUUAAAUAGUUUAUGCAUUAUGGAAAGACUCCUACAUCAUAUACACACACAAAAAAUAGCACUUUUUCAAGGUUUCAGGUAAAAAAUGUAAAAAAUGCAUAUUUUUCAUAAGAACUACAUUAAAAACUACUUUGUAUCCCCAGAGAUGACAGUUAGACCAGAUCUUUCCACUUUGUUGUUGACUGGUGUGACAAUAUGACAAGUUUAUGCAUGUGACCGAUAUCACUCAUAAAAUAUAUUAGUAACUAAAGCCCAAGGAAGACCAGUUAGAAACUUGUCCUAAACUACAAAGAGAGUAGAAGUAAUGCACACAUUUUAACGCUCUAUAAUUUACGAUGUUUGCCAUUGUUAGUUUAGCAAUGAGCAUAUAGAUACAUUACUGAGAAAUUCAAUAUGGCAGAUCCAAAUACUAUGAAAUGAGACCAUACCCAGGAGACUGAUUUCUUCACAGGAAUGACUGUAUGGGACCCUCUGUAACAAAAAUGUUGUUUAGCAUAGACAGGCUACUAACAUUGGGAACAAGUGUUGGGUGGUCAAAAUUAACUGAAACAAAGUCUAAACAGGGGAGGAGGCAGAAAAAAAAUAUAUUCUACAACACUCUUGAGUGAAUCCAGAUGAUACUUUUUGUGUGUAUCCUAGUUUAGCAGAGCUGUAAAAACUGUAUAAAAUUGUAAAAUUCAUACAAAUUCUAGUUUUGCGAUAUAUAUAUAAAAAAAAAAAUAGUUAAUUGGAAGAAUCUGGCCCUUUUGCUAAGGAUAAUUGUAAUUAAACCACAACAGUAUAUAUUGCUAGUUUUCAAACAUUUUAUAAACUUCUCUUGAGCUUUGUUAAACCAAUAAAUCAGGAUUUUAUUUUUUUAGGUAACUCACAUUUCAGUAAUGAGGAAAUGGUCCAAAUACAAUAUAGGAUAUGUAGAAAAUGGUGGCUUUUAGCGACAUUUAUUUGAAAUAUUUACAUUUACAUAUAUUUUUUAAUGGCUCAUAGGUGAUUUAAAGCCCAUUUAACUAUUUUAAGGAAAAAAAAAAUGCUUCAGUUCAAACUGAAAACUUAAAAAGAUGUUCGAAAUUGUUUCAGGUAGAAUUUUACAAAAAAAUAUGUAAGCGUCCUAAUUUGUAUUUCAUAUAUAUUACUGGCAUAGCUGCUAUUUUAAACUGCUGAUGCAGUGUCCCACUGUGCUGUUGUAACAUGAGUUUGAGUUUAUGCUCUUCACUUCUCAUGCUCAUGACUUGCACUCUGUGCAGUGACAAUGUACGAGUUUAUUUUCUUAUUUUCUCUUAUUUAGACUCCAAGCAGUUUUCAGGUAUAUUUAAUUUCUUUCUUUUUUAAUUGGCAGUCUAUUGCCACAAGUUUGAGCUUUUAAGUAUCUAUAUAUAAAACAGAAAUUUAAGUCUUUUUAGACAGUUAAACAAUCAAUUGUAAAAAUCUUUAACACAUAGUUUUUAAAAGGUAUUUGAAUAUGUAAACUUUUAACACCUUCAUUGUGACUUUAUACUGAGUGAUGUCCACUGUUCUCACAAGAAAAUGAGUGUUCUAGGGUGUCUGUCACAGUUUACAUGUUUAAAACAAGACAUCUUACAGAAUUCCGUGACAAAAAUAAGGGAAUAGCUCGUUAGAGCUAUUCAGAAAAACAUCAAGAAUAUUGGAGAGAAAUUAGAUAAAUUUCAGAGGUACUUAUAAAAAAACAGAUUCACUCUCUAACUUCAGGGCCUAAUCUUUAAACUUAAAUCUAAAAUGGAUCGAGAUUAGAACAUCUUUCAGUAACCAUCACUUAUCUUAGUAUUGUUUGGCAUGCCGUUUAAAAAUAUGCUCAUGGUGUCCGUUAAAAAAAAUAAACUUAACGUUUAAAGUUAGGCACGGGUAACUGUUACUAUAUGCUAAAUGUAUCUCUCUGUAUCAUACAAAAUGUGUCCAAUAAGUCCAUUAUAAUAUUUCAAGGGGAGAUAAAUUAGCUAAUGACUAGUCAGAGAAACAAAAUAUGAAUUUGAAAAAUGUUGUUUAGUCUCCAAGAUAUCAAAACUUUUUGUGAAAAUUACAAAUGUUGCCACUCUAGAGUGGUAUUUCAUGUACUACUGUUACAAAACAAAACGAAACUAGGAGUUGUGUUAUUUUUUCAUAGAUUUAAAGUAACAAUGAUAGGAAAUUCUGGCACAAAUGGAAAACAGGUGAAACCAUAACUGUUUUCUCAAUACAGAGAAAAGCAGAGGGAUGAAACUUUAGGAUAAAAAGGAUCAUUCUGUCAAAUAAAUUAAAAUAAAAUACUUUCCACUUUAUUAUUUUAUCAAUAGCAAAUGAAAGAUUAACCUAGAUGGGCAGCAGUUUAUGUGAUUUUCGAAUAAGCUUUGAUAUCUCUGAAACUAAGCAACUUUUACUUAAGUCAUGUUUUGUUGUCUGGAUUAGUCAUUAGCUAACCUAUCACUCUGAAAUAUUAUUCUUGACUUAUGGACACUCUGUACAGAGGCAAGAGGAUAAUACCAUAUGAAAAAUAAAGUACUCCAACCAAUCCUUAUUAAUUUUUUUUUAAUAAAGACAAUAAAAUAACAACCUUCAGUGAUUGUUCAUUAGACCCAUUUCAGUUUGUUUUAAAGAUUUACAAAACUUUUGCUCCUUUUAUUACUUUGAGGAAACUACAACAUUCAGGUAGUUUGUGAGGGAAUACUAGUUACGCUCCUGACCCGCAAAGGCCACACGGGCACAAAGAUAUAAACACAGGUCAGAUACUUUUCGAACAGACCUCGUACAAAUGAAAUCUUUCUCAUGAUAUCUUGCAACAUACAUUCACAUUUUUGUUCAUUAAGUUAGGUGUCACAGCAAUGUUUAACUAAUAAAAGUUUCAGUAAACUAGGGAGGGUACUAAAACGCAAGAGUGCAUUGAGAUCAAAUCUUGUAACUAUAUCAGUGGUUCCUAAAUUUUAAACCCCACAACAUAUUUUGGCAAUUGUGCUCAGUGUAUUUGUAAUUCAAUUUCUUAAAUUGAUCUAAUCUUUUUAAAUACUUUAUUCAAGAGCAUGCAAUGAAUUAAAUAAAAUUUGAAAAAAUAAUGUUGAAAUCUCUUUGAAGAUAUUUUUAACAAUUAUUUUAAGACAAUCACCUAAAAUGAAAAUUUGUUUAAAAGUAUAAAUACUCCAUCAUAUGACUGAAUGAAGGGGAACUUUAGAUUUCCUACUUGUACAAUAUACUGUAUGUUACUUUUAUAUUUAUUUAUUAGUCAAGAAUUGUAAUUGACAGCUUAUAUAAGUUAAAAUCGAAUAAGUAUUAUUUUAUUAAAGAUACUAAUGAAAAACCUGAAUUACUGUAUAAUUCUAUAAAACAAGUGAGCAAUUUAUUCAACAAUCUUUAGUCUCACAAUGUUAUGAACUUUAAUAUAUUACAGCAUGCAUUACAAUAAGAAUUCGUAGAUAUUAAAAUUAUCUGAAAGUAUACCAACAGUACUUAUAAUUAUUAUUUAAAUGAUUAUCUAUUGAGAAUGCAUUGAUUUAAGACUAUCUCAAUGUCUUCGCAAAGCUACAAUGUACAGUUUAAAAUUAAAUCCAAACUUUUUCUGUUAUCUAUUAGAUUAAUAGAAUGUAUUUCAGAUUAUAAGGCACAGAAAAACAUUAGUGAUGUUGUAAUUGUAAAAAACUGGAAAUCAGAACAUCUUAUUUAUGACAUAAUAAGAAAUUGUAAAAUUCAUUGCAUUUUAACAUUGUAAAUCAUAAUACAACUAGUUUUAAUUGUAGUGCUUUGCUAUUUUUGUUGAUGAUUCUCUGUUUAUUUUGCAUUGUUUAAAUUUAAAAAGUGCUGCGUAUUUUAAUUAACUAUUGAUGUUUUGUAAUUAUAUAGUUAAUUAGUAUUGAAAGAGUUUUAAUUGAGAAGCUUGGUUGUUAACUUAUUAAAAUUAUAAAAUGUCUUUAUUAUAAAUGCUGAUGCAUGUCCUACUUUUGUAUUGACUAUGUUUAUUACACCAAUGUGCCCCUAAUGAUUGACAAUAUACUUCUGGAUACACGUCAUUUCUGUAGUAAUUAGUAAAUAUGUUCAACUUACACAUGUCAUAAAUGCUGAAGAGGAAGAAGAUUAGUUGCAGAGUUAGACACUUGAAUUUUACAAGGGAAUUCAUACUAAUUACUUUUAGCUGUUUCAAGUAAUAUAGAUAUGCCUAGCAAGAAUCUCUCUUCAUUUUCUCUCAGCUCUUUUAUAUCCUUCCAGCACUCCAUUUCUAUAUUUUGUGCACUCGAAUAAAUUGGACCACUUUCUUUCUCCUGAUGUUCCAUAUCCUCUUCAUAUACUUAAAUGACCUCAGCCACUCCUUUCCCUGUUUUACACUGAUUCUUACCUUACUCUCCAGUGGCUCUAUUUCUUCAUAGAAUUCACUAUUUCACCUAUUUCAUUAUGUUUAAAUAAGUUAUAUAAAUGCUAAUAUAACAAUUAUACCUUUUAAUUAUGUUUUUUAAUAACUACAUAUAGUUAGUAAAAUAUUUUAUCCAAUUUUGUAGACUUUACAUAAAAACUUGCAGAUCCAAGGGAAAUUUUAUUUAAUAAUAAGAGAAUUUUAUAUCUUCUUUAAAUUGUUUCUAUGUAUCUGUGUACUCUAUAUUUUGUUGCUAUUGACAGAAACAUAGUAUGAAGUUUAUUGGUUUCAAUUUUUUAUAGUUUAUGACAUAUUCAAAUUAUUUAAUAGAGUAUUUUUCAGUAUCAUGCAUUUUUUAUAAUAUAUACAUAUUAUUUAUCCGUUAAUUUAAUCUGAAUCAAAAUCAUGCAAUCCAAUCACACUGUAUUACUAGUGCAAAUUUGUUAGUUAGGAACAUGAACUUAAUUUUAAGAGUUAAGAGUAAAGAGGGGUUUUAUCAGUGUUCAUAAUUUGAAAUGUAAAGAGAAAAAAAAAAACAAACACCUAUGCUAUUGUUUUUGUUUGUGAAGUUUAAAGAUAUACAGUACAAGUACCAAUUUUUGAAACCUAAUUUAAUAAAAACAUUGUAUGGUUUAAUUAAGAUAGUUUAAUUUGGACCCCGCUGACAAGUGUACGUAGUGGAGCCAAUGAAAUGUCAAAUUUUGGAAAUAAACCAAUUCAAUCCAAUAUAUAUACAUAUGUGUGUGUGUGUGUGCACAUGUAUAUUUACAUUUAUUUUGUAUUUUUUUACAUUAAUGUUUUACAUUUAGGCAGAAAUCUUACAUUGAUCCCUGUGGCUCAGAAAGUGAGUUAGUAGAAUCAGCAUAUUACUAUCUACUUUUAUAAACAUAACUGUACUGUAAAAAAUAUCUAAUUCCAAUUUUAUUGAAAAAUAUUUUAGCUGAUUCCCAGAAACAACAUAAUUAUCAAUAAUAUUUUUAUAACAUAUUUUAUCAGCUAAUUUAUAUGAACAAAACAUAUAAAGUUCAUUAAGAUGUGAAUUGUGGCAUUUAGUUAGUAAGUAAGAUGUCUUGAAGGUUGUAAGAACAUUAAACCAAAACUGUUAAGAAUUAUUCUUGUAGAAAAUUUGGUUUGAAAAUAAGUUUCUUUCAUUUAAUGUGUUUGCAAAUGUUAAAUACUUUUAUUGGACCUGUUGCCAACUCUUAGUGUUCUAUCAAACAUAAAACCUGAAAAUAUAUUAAUUAUGAAUGUAAAAUAUAAAAUCAAAACAUGAGAUCUAAACAUUCAAAAUUGUUAACUGGUAUUGAGUAUAAGUUGAUGCUUUGCCUCUGUAAAUAUCAGUGGAAAACCAAACCCAGCGAUGAUAAUGACAAAAUUUGUAUAAUAGAAUUAAAUAAGUAUGUUUUGCUCUCAUAAUUAUGUUGUAUUAUUUAGUGUCUGUUUGUAUGAGGUUUCCUAAUGUUUUUUUGAUGGUUGAUAUAACAUUAAAUAUUAACUCUU